AUGUCGUCAAGUCCAACCAUAGGUGGUGCUGGCGAGAYUUCAGACCAGAUCAGCGCCCCGAUCAUCGCUUCAAUUGUCAUCGUAGUGGUCGUUGCGAUCAUUGGAAUUGCGGCAGCAUUCGCAGUUCUAUGCGGAUGCAGAUGUUGCAGGAAGCGGAAGGAAAAAGUGUCGGAUUUCCUUGACGAUCGAACAUCCUACGAAGCAUGGAGCUCCAAAGCCUCACUCGGAACAUAUGAGCUCCAACACCCGUCGCGAGCGRCGACGCGGGACCCGAACAUGGACUUUGUGAUGGGCCCCGGCGAUCGCAACUAUCACCAAAAUCGCCUCUCUGGCUGGAAACAAUCCAUGCGGAACAGCCACAGUGGGCGGUAG